CCGAGCGCUCCCCUCCGUGCCCGCCGAGCCCCCCCCCGGCCCCGCAGCGAUGCUCCGGGAGAGGCACCGCGCCGCAGCCGCAGGGGUCUGCGAGCACCGGGGCCCCCCAGCCUUGACCGUGGCCAACCUGGGACGUGACAUCGAUGGUUCGGAACGGGAUCGAUGCGUUUUGGAGGUGUUUUAAUCCCCUAAAUAGUAAGGAAUUGAGCCCUUCUGGCGGCUACUCAAUGCUCCGUGAAGUUUGUUUUUUUUUUUUUAUAUGAAAGUGAAUAUUCCUGGAGAUUUUGAACUUAAUUCUCAGACAAGCCAUGGCUUGGUGCACGCAUUCCAUGAGGAUACUGCCUUAAAAACCAGCUGGCUUGGUCCAAGGGAAGGCUCUGACUCGGCAUUUGCCCAACUGGGAGAAGCUCAGGAGCUGCAAACUUUGUGGAAGAGGGGCAAGGUAUGGAAUGAGGCAGCCGGGACCGCUGAGGCCUCUUGUUUGUUCCCCCGAAUGAUCAAAGCGGGGGGUGGGAGCGUUGCCGGUGAUCUCAUCCAAACCCGCAGGAGAGAUGGGAAAGGUGGAGAGACGGGAGAAGUAACCUCCUCGGCUGGGUCCCAAAAGUCCCCGCGAUUGUGAAACCGGGAUUGCCGCCGGCCGGGAAUGCGCCCCGUUACCGGUGGAGAAUCCGCUGGUCGAGGGGGGACCCCGGGGAACUGCACCCCCGCCAGCGACCCUCCGCCGCGGCACCUCGGGGGUGGCUCCGUGGGGCUGGGGAUGCUUCGUGCCAGCGGGUUUAGGAGCUUUUGGGGGUCUGUUGCUCGAGUCCUGCGGGCUGGCUGAGAGCUGGCGGCUUUUUCUUGGCAUCACGUGGCGAUGGAGGAGGCGGGAGACUGCGGUGAGAGGCUCCCACUUAGGACAUCGCAUCCUGGGCAGGAAAUUCCGGGGAGCCGUGUGCUGCGCCUGACUGCCCCGCUGAUAACAGACACGGACGCAUUGUUGGGAGCUGUCGGAGAAGAAAAGAGAUGUCUACAGUGUUCCCAGCAGCCUUGGCAGGCCAAGGAGCCUCGGGGAGGGGGAACAGAAGCCCUCCUGUGCCCGUUGGACACCCGAAACGUGGCAGAUAAAAGUUUUCUGAGGCCCGUGGGAGCUUAUCAGGGAGGUUUUGCUGCUCGGGCAGCACGUGUUUUUCUGCAUUUGGUUUUACUUUUACUCCCUCCUGACCAAACCCGAGAAGAGGAAGGGGGGAAAAAAAAAUCAAAAAGCAUUUUAAAAAAAGAUGAAUAACGGGUUGUGUUUAAUCCACGUCCUGCUUUUCCCAGCUGUGGGGUUUCAGAACUGCUGACUGCAUUUGUUGGGUUCACUCGGGCAUCCCCCCAGCCCUGAUUCCCACUUAUCCCUCUCCUCCUCCACCUCCACCGGCUGAAAGGGGAUAGUCCCAGAGGGAAAAAGCUGGUGGUGACAGCAAAACUGGAGCUGUUUUCUUGAGAUGGUGCAGAUGUAGGGAUGGCACCCCCUCAGCGAAGCCCCGGUGGAUUUCAUGGAAAGAGUGAGCCCAGGAGUGUCGUCACCCUAAUGAGGUUAAUGAGCUUAACCCCGUGAGACAUCAGAGAUUCCAAGUGCCUGGCUCGGGCCGCGGGGCAUCCCUCCAGCAAGGCUGGAAGUCGGAUCUGGGUGAAACAGGGCAGUUGCAUCAUGCCCGGUGGCAUCAGCUGGGUGAAGGCAGGGCUGGUGUCACAACGUCCCCACGCACAGGGGGUGGGGGUUGUAGAUCCCUUGGGUUUGGGGGAAAGGGGAAAAAGCAGUGGGGAAACGUCAGGAGUCACAAGAUCCUGGGUUUCUGUUCUGGCUUGUCCAACCUCGGCGUUGUCACAGCUGGGAAGGAAUCCCGUGCCUGCAUCUCUCUCCCACGCAGCAUCUCCUAGGGAGAUGGCUUUAAACAACAGCCUCCUGAGAGAUCCUUCUUGGAAGGAAAAUAACCCAGUUUGGGAUUUUCCCUGAGCUUUUUUCAAUUUGAAGGGAGCUGUUUUCCCUGGAUCUAAGUGCUGGCAAAUUUAAUUGGUACUGGGUGUCUUAGAAAUGACCCUGAGGAUUUAUCAUGAGGAUAAAGCUGUUGGAAACGAUGUGGGGGAGCUGCUUCCGAGGGUGCAAGUGAGAAAGGAAGCACUGACCCUCUGAUGGGGGUUUUCAGAGGAUUCCAGGGAAGCAGCAUCCUCACUGGAAAGUAAGAAAUUGUUGAAGUUUGGAUAAGAAACCCAACAGAAGAGAUAAGCAGAGAGUGUAGCUUCAGUUGUGCUUUUUUGGGGUGAGCUGGGGUUGGGGAGAGGCAGAUCAUCCCCUGCUCCCUUCCAGGCAGAGCUGCUUCACCACCGCCACCGGGUCCCUUAUCUCCCCCCACAAGUCUUCUCAUUAUCUGCUCCAUUUCCCCUGCUGUAGAUGUGGCUUUUGUCUUAUCUCCAUGUGCUUUUCCUCCAUUUCCUCGUUGGCUCCUCUACUAACUCUCGUCACAAAAGGAAAAAAAUAACAUGGAGGAGAUCCUGCUGCAGCGAGUCCAUCCCUGGGCUUGGGGAUGUUGGGCCGUGCUGGGAAAUACGGGGGGAUGUUUGCCCAUGUUGGGAGGGUGCUGUGCCGGUGAUGCUCAGGUGGGUCUUGGGGCUUGCUUGGGUGAUUUACAGGAUGUUCAGGUGAUGCUGGGGGGUACUGGGUGAAGGUCCUGUGAUGCCCUUAGUCCUGUGAUGCUCAUGUGUCUCAGUGGGAUGCUUAGGAGAUGCUGGGCAGUGCUGGGGAGGUGCUGGGUGAUGCCAGGUGAUACUGGGAGAAUACUUGGAAUGCUCCAGGAUGCAGGACUAUGGUGGGAUAGCCUGCCAGCUCCACCUGCUGGCAUUCACCACCUGUCACUGUGGACCAGACCCACCACACAGCAGCCCCAAGUCAGAAGACAUCCUAAGGGAGAGGAUGAACUGCUGCCUCAGAGGGAGAAACCUCAAAUUACUUUAAAAGGAAGGCCAGCUCACCUCUCCUGUCGGGACACCUGCAGCAAGGUAUAAAUGGCCUCAAAACACGUCUUGGACUCUGUGGACCCCGUGAUUUUCAACAAGCGACCUCGGCUGGAGACAGAGGCCACCACCAGCUUUCCGUCCAGCAAAAUCCAAGGCAAAUCCAGCCCUGUGCCCAACCCUGGUUCCGAAAACCAUUUCAACUACAAGGGCUCCUACUUCGCCUGCCCACUGCAGAGCUCCAAGGGUCCUGAGCAGCCCCUGGCCCGCUGGAGCCCAGCACCCACCUACCUACACUAUGGCCCUGGUGCCAUGAGCCAGCCAGCGCCUGCCGAGGGGUCUCUGGUGGACUUCCUGCUGUACCCAUCGGAGAGCCUGGGCGCCCAGAAGGGCAAGGACAGCCUGAUGCAGGAGCAGCUGAUGGCUAGGAAAAAGUUGGACAGCCCAAGAUGCCCCUUACCAGUGAAGAAGCCGGUGGCGGUGAACAAGGCGGCCCCACUCGCAGUCCCUAAGCCGGUGUAUGGAGCCCCUGCCCGCUUCCUGGCCCCCAGGAUGGCUCUGCCGCUGGGAACACGAGUGGAGAGCCUGCAGCAGACACCAAGGGAGGCAAACUGGGCUCUGCCCCCUGCCACCCACCCUCUCCACCUUGGCGAGCCCCACAGGAGGGGUCCCUGCUCUGAGCCCAGCAUCCCACCGCUGCCUUCCAGCCUGGUGCUGCCCGCCAAGGAGCAGUUGGGCUCCCCCGGUGCCUUAUCCCACUACUAUGUCACCUUUGAUAAAUACAGGCCCCCCCCAAGCACCCCGGUCUUGGAAGCAACCUGUCCCACUGCCCACAGCCAGAAUAAGGUGCCAGAGGUCCCCAGCCUCAUCCCAGACUCCUGUCCCAAGCUCCAGCUGCCUGAUACUGGCCUGACAAACCCGGAGAGGCCAGAAAUCUGCUACCCACCCCCCCACUACCCACUGUCUCCCCACAGAGCUUCUCCCUUCUAUCACUCUCCGGCUCCCCGGGCGGGGGAGGCCAGUGCCCUGCCCAGCUCCAGCUUUGUGGAAAGCAGGAAGCCCUUUCCUGGCACUUACCUCAGACCCCAAGCCCCAGGGAGCUACUUUCCCAGCCCCUUGGACCCCUACGUGCUGAGGGCAGCGGGUGCUGGUCCCUCCAAGCCAGUGGUGGUGCUGAGGGAUGCUGAGCUGCCAAGGGAUGUCCAGCUGCCCAGGUACCCUGGUUUUACCUUCAACUCUGGCGAUGAAUCCGUGUUCCACACCUCCUUUGCCACCCCGGAGCCGGGAUGUGAGCAGCACGAGGCGGAAAGUCCACGGUGGCGAGCGGCACCAAGGCACAGCAGCGCUUUCCAACCUGUCUGCACCCCUGAGAAGCUGUCCAGGGGCUCCAGUGGGCUCACGGAGACAUUUCCCAAAAGAGAAGGGAGCUGGGAGAAACCCAGGCAAGGGGAGCAGGAGCCCCCAUACCUGGAGAGGAGGAACACCAGCCCAGCCCCACAGGACACCCCGUGUGGGGGACCAGUGUGUCCUGUCAUCACAGGGAAAGGAAAUGACUGCAAGGUCAAGGAUCCAAACAAGGAGCUUGCCCCCCCUUCUUCAUCCAUAACCCCCCCAAAGGGGGUGGAAGACCCGAGGGACACCAAAGUUUUUUCUUCCUCUCCACCGAUGCCAGUGAUCCACAAUGUCUUCAGCCUGGCACCUUACCAGGAGUACCUGGAGAGGGCCAAGGGCUCAGCCCAUGUCCUCUUCUGCAGGGACCAUCUGUGGGGGGACCCCCCACCUCAAAACAGGAGCCCCAGCCAGGAGCCUGCUUCCCUCAGAGAUACCUUGGUGGUGUCCAGCCUGAGAUCGGACAGCGGUGUGGUGCAGAGCCAAGGGGAAAGAUGUCACAGGAGGGCCCCCAAAAAGCCAAAGCCUGUGUCCCAAGAGCUGGGGUCUCAGGAGGGCAGCCUCGAUGAAGUGGGCGCUGGGGAGCUGCUCAGUGAGGGUAUGGUGCUGGACCUCAGCUUGAAGAAGAGACCGGUGGAAGCCAUGGAGACCCAGGGGCUCACUGGCUGUGUGGAGGGGACGCUGGACCAGGAGGAUGUGGAGGAGGAGGAGAAAGAGGCUACCGGGGGCAAGGUGGGAAUGGGAGAGGGGGCCCAGCCCCAGCUGCUUGAGGUGGGCUCUGGGGACAGGAGCAACUUCCAGAGCUCAGCCACCUUCAUGUUCAAAAAAUACAAGCUCCUGCAGUCCCUCACGCCCAGCACAGAGCCCCCCCAGCAGGAUGGCAGCUCCCAGGCCCCCCAGCCCAGCCCACCCAGCAGCACCCCCACACCAAACCCACCAGCCUCCUCACCAUCCAGCAGCUCCCCAGUCCCACCACCUGGCCCCCAGCCCAGCACCAUCUCAGGCCCAAACCCUCCCCAGCCUCCACUUCCCGAAGCCCCCCUCACCCCAGGGGAGGAGGGGAUCUCACUGGCCAGGAAGUUUGUCAGUCCCCCACCAGACACCCCCUCUGGGCAGUACUUUGCCACCCUGCACACCUGGCUCUGUGACACGAUUUCUGGGUCAGUGUCACAGUCAUCCCCAGAGCUCCUGCAGCAGUGGCUGAAGAAGGCAGAGCUGGCAGAAGAGCUGGGAGAGAUGCCCAAGUCCCUGCCCAAGUCCAAGAACAACUCCAAGGCUCCCACUCCUCAGAAGCCCAUGAAAGGCAAGGAGAUCUGGCUGGCUUUCAAGGACGUGGCCAGGCUCCUUGCCAACCUGCUCUCCCAGCUGGAGACCUUCAUGUUCGCUUGCCCUUUCCCCCACGUCGUCCGGGCAGGAGCCAUCUUCAUCCCCAUCCACGUGGUGAAGGAGAAACUCUUCCCAAAGCUCCCUGGGACCUCCGUUGACCUAGUGCUGCAGAAGCACAAGGUGGAGCUGCGUCCCACCACGCUCUCAGAGGAGAGGCACCUGAGGGACCUGGAGUUGAAGAGCUGCACCUCCCGCAUGCUGAAGCUCCUGGCGCUCAAGCAGCUCCCUGAAAUCUAUCCAGACCUGCUCAACCUCCACUGGCACAACGCCAUCCGGCAGCAGCUCGGUUUGAGGUCGCAAGCUAGCCAGCGUCCUUCCAAGUAAUCCUGGCUCAGACGCUGAAAGCUGAUGGCAAAGGAACAGCCAUGGAUACAUCAGAGAAAAAGGAGGCACUAAGGAAUGUGCCAAGGACAACAGCUAAAUGAGAACGGGAACAGGAAGGUCCCUCAUCUCCAGAGCUGUGGAUAUUGAGAUCACCAGCAGCCCUACGGGGAGGUGCUCAGUUCCCACCAGCAUCAGGGGACCCUCCAAGGACAGUUCUCAGGGUGGAGAACAGCUUAGUGAUGCAGGACCACACGCAGGGAUGCUGGCGUGGUGUCUGGCCCUGCAGGGAUGGGCUCGAGCCCCUCGUGGCAGCUGGAGCUACUUUUCUUUGAACACGUCAUCUCUUAGUGCAUUUCCCACCUCCAUCCAUGACUGACUUGGUGAGCUGGGAGGAAUUGGCUGGAGUUCCAGUGGAUCUGGAGCAAGAGGAGCAUGGAAACGGUCAUAGCACCAUCCCCAGCCUUGGAAAAAGGCUGGCUACUGCAAAGAUAACAUCCUACCUACCUCCUCUCUCCUCUAAAUCCCUUCUCCUGCUUUAUCCAUGCCAUUCCCAAGAAAUGUACCUUCCUUCUGGUUUUUCAUCUUUAAAGUACUACAGAGACCUUACACAACAUCAGCACAAGGGAAUCGUGACUUCUGUAGUCCCGGGGCUAAUUUUUUUUGUUUUAAAUGAAGACAUUUUACAAAUGUUCUGGAUUUACCUUUAUAAGGAGCUGCUGCCUUCAGGUCGUGUGUUUUGGGUGUUUUUUUUCUUUAAAUACAGUAAUUUAUACUUGUCUUUUUAUUUCAACUAAAAGGCUGCAAGAAAGAUUUAAAGACUCCUAAAGAAAAGCCAAACUACUUUACGUCCCAGAUGCUCUUCUAGUGGAGAACACAACACGGGAGAUGCACAUUUAGUGAUCACCUGAAUGGAGAUGUGGUGAUCAUAGGAGCCAUGCUGCCAGGACUUGGAAGCAGGGAUUCUUUCCAUCCCAGGCCUUGGAAGCAGGGAUCUUUUCCAUCCCAGAGGGUUGAUGGGCAUACCAGAACAUACAAACAUCCCCUCGUCCAGGAGGGUGCACAGCAGAGGCCUUGCCAACUCAUCACUCAGGUGUUUCUCCAGCUCUACUGCAGGGCAUGGAGGAACAAAACAAGGAUUCUUAGGAUUUCUUUAUUUCACUACAGGGAAUAUUUAUUUUGAACUAAGAAAAAAAACCUACCCAAACUGUACUUAGCCAAAAGACGUGUUUGCUGUUGGGGGAUUUCUGUGGUUUUCCAUUGGGAUGGACUUGCUGUGGAUGGGACAGGGAAGGGGGGAUGCUGCUGUUCUCCUCACUCUCCCUCACCACGCCAUGGCUGUGCACAGUGAUUGGGAAAGCAUCAUUUGUUAAUAACGUCAUUUUUAUACCUUUUUAUUGCAGGGAAGAAAGUUCCUUCCCCUUAUUUAAUUUUUUUGUAAGAAUGUCAAUUCUAAGAGGUUCUUAACCUGAUUAAAAGAG